GCUGAGAUCUCGAGAGACACCGGAAGGUUGGGAAGUUGAUCUAGCUAGGCUAGUCUAUAUCACUUAGCUUGCUGUGCACUGUAGGCUAAUAAGACUGGAAAUAGAAAUGUAAAACCGGACUGAAGUAAUAGACCGUCAAGGUAAUGACCGGUUACUGAAGAAUUUGUUCAGGCAUGCUGCUGUUUCCGAGUGUGGAGUAGCCCUCUGAGCCAUCUCAGUGAAUAUUCUUUGCUAUCCCCAUGACCACACCCCCCAUCGCUGGAGCCUGCAUGACGUCCGCGGCGUUCCCCGGGCAACCAUCGCAGGCAGCCAGGGAGGUGAACACAGCAUCGUUGUGUCGCAUUGGCCAGGAGACUGUGCAGGACAUCGUCUUCAGGACCAUGGAGAUCUUCCAGCUGCUAAGGAACAUGCAGCUGCCAAAUGGGGUGACAUACCACCCCAACACACACCAGGACCGACUGGGCAAGCUACAGGAGCACCUAAGACAGCUAUCUGUGCUCUUCCGCAAGCUGCGCCUUGUGUAUGACAAGUGCAAUGAGAACUGUGCCGGCCUGGACCCUGUGCCCACAGAGCAACUCAUUCCCUACAUUGAGGAGGACAGCUCUAAACAUGACGAGCGUUCGGCCAACCAGAUCCGCUACGCUACUGAGGAGAGAAGAGAGGUCCUGGAGGUCAAUAAGAACUUUGUAGGAAGUAAAAGCCAGACCUGCUGUGGUCAAACCCAGACACAUGCCGAAGAGAUGAAAGCACUGUGCAGCAGUGGAGGAGAUGGAGAAGCAUUAGCAAAGAUGUUUUUUUCCCACUCCCCCCCAGGACACCUCUCACUCCCUUUCUCCUGCACCCUUCACCCUCUUCCCUCUUCGUAGAACCUGCGGAGGGAGUUGGCCCCGGCAUGCCUUCCCACAACCAGCCCCUCCAUUCUGCGGCAUGGUCACCGUGGGUCAGCUCUUUAUUUAGUGUGGCUAAUCAAUUCCCCCAGCUCAUCUCCUCCACUGGAGGGCUUUACACUUACAAAGGCAUCUGAAGCUAAAGCCUAAAUGCUCCUUUGAAGAUUUGAUGAACUUUUCAACCAGGGGAUUAUAUAUUUAUUUGAUUCUGAUUUCCUUUUCUCAGUUUAGCCUAACAGGAAAUAACUGUCAGGAAGAAUCUCUAAUUGCCCUGCUCACAGUACAAUGUGUUAAUGAGAAAAUUUACUUGCAUUUGAAUAACAGUUUAUGGAGAAGUCUGAGUGUAGUUGCCUCUGUGGCCCUGUGGAGCCAGAGUUCAGACAGAAGUAAUGCGGUAUGGCUCCUUACUGUGCUCCUCCUUUUUGAAAAAGUUUUUUUUUUUGGGCUUUGUGAAGAAGCUCUUUUCUUUGAGCACUAUUCAGGAUUUAUUCACCCGCAUAAGCAUUUCUGGCUAUGUCAGGGUUUUUUCAGGCGGGAUUAAUUUAGCUACACUGGUCCGCAAUUGUUUUUUUAGCAUAUGAAAAUAUUGAGUUGUAUCGAAUAUUGUCAGCUGUCUUGUGAUAUUAAAAGGGAAUUGCACUUUAUAACA